AUGGUGCUGGCAGAUUUGGGCCGUAAAAUUCGCUGUGCGAUCAGUAAACUCGGCCAGGCGACGAUCAUCAACGAGGAUGAGCUCAAUGCGAUGCUCAAAGAGGUCUGCGCAGCACUUCUGGAGGCGGAUGUCAACGUUCGACUGGUCAAGCAGCUCAAGGAUAACGUGAAGAAGACUCUGGACUUUGAUGAAAUGGCUGGUGGCGUAAACAAAAGGCGUUUGAUCCAGCGUUGUGUUUUUACGGAACUGAUGAAACUUGUGGAUCCUGGCGUAAAGGCUUUUCAGCCAUCAAAAGGGAAACAUAAUAUUUAUAUGUUUGUUGGACUGCAGGGUUCCGGAAAAACGACUACUUGCACCAAGCUGGCGUAUCACUACCAGAGGAAAGGCUGGAAGACGUGCUUAAUAUGUGCCGAUACGUUUCGUGCUGGUGCAUUCGACCAGCUUAAACAAAACGCAACAAAAGCAAGGAUACCAUUCUAUGGGAGCUACACCGAAAUGGAUCCGGUAGUUAUUGCGUCGAAUGGUGUGGACAAAUUCAAAGAGGACGGCUUCGAAAUAAUCAUUGUGGAUACUUCUGGUCGCCACAAGCAAGAAGCCUCUUUGUUCGAGGAAAUGCUUCAAGUCGCAAAUGCUGUGAAUCCAAGCAAUAUUGUAUUCGUUAUGGAUGCAUCGAUUGGGCAGGCGUGUGAGGCACAGGCUCGUGCUUUUAAAGAAACCGUUGAUGUCGGUUCAGUUAUUAUCACCAAACUGGAUAGUCACGCGAAAGGUGGUGGAGCGCUGUCCGCCGUAGCGGCCACGCAUUCGCCCGUAAUAUUUAUUGGUACUGGCGAGCACAUCGAUGAUUUUGAGCCUUUCGAGGUGAAACCGUUUGUGCAAAAAUUAUUAGGAAUGGGCGACAUUGAAGGUCUCGUGAAAAAAGUGAAUGAAAUUGGUAUUGAAGAUAACGAAGAACUUAUAAAACGGCUAAAACAUGGAAUGUUCACGUUGCGCGAUAUGUACGAACAGUUCCAAAAUAUCAUGAAGAUGGGUCCAUUUAAUCAAAUUAUGAGUAUGAUUCCCGGAUUCGGACCCGAUUUUAUGUCUAAAGGUAACGAACAGGAAUCGCAGUAUCGGCUGAAGAAACUGAUGACCAUUAUGGAUAGCAUGUCGGAUGCAGAAUUGGAUCAUCCGAAAGCAAACGAUUUAUUCUCGAAGGAACCGGGACGAGUUCAGCGCGUGGCACGCGGUAGCGGGACAGCAACAAGUGAAGUUAAAGAGCUGUUAACGCAGUACAAGAAAUUCGCUGAUAUGGUUAAGAAAAUGGGCAGUAUGAAGGGUCUGUUCAAGAACGGUGAUAUGAAUACGAAAAAUAUCAAUCCAUCGCAGCUGCAAAAACUCAAUCAGCAAAUGGCCAAGAUGAUGGAUCCGCGUGUAUUGCAACAAAUGGGUGGGAUGGGUGGGCUGCAAAAUAUGAUGAAGCAGCUGCAAGGCGCAUCUUCUGCUUUGGGCAAUCGUCGAAAUAUGUAA